AUGGCUGAACCGCUGUUCAAUUUCCUGUUGAUACGACCUCAUGUAUCACAGGAUGCUCGCAAACCGAGCAUUCCAUUGUUGCAAAAUUCUACUUUCCAAAAGGAACUUCUGGAUGCUCUCAAAACACAAACCCCCAGAACUGACGCAUUGAAAGUUGUCAAAAAAUUCGUCAUCAGUAAUGAAUUCAUUGCUGACCCUACAGGGACGGAUUUUCAAAAGAAACUGCGUCAAUUUAAAGUUCUGGUUGAUGAAGCUAGCAGUGUCAGUAAUGAUUUAAAAUAUACUGUAGUCCUUGAAUUGGCAAAGCGCGCAUUUGGAAUAGCAGCAUCAGAGCUGGUUAAGGGCGGGGAGUUCGGUACUCUCCUUCAGAAUCUCCGUGAUUCAGUUGUGGCAAUCAAAUACGACCAGUCGGAGCACUCAAAACCGGUCGAAGAUCUUGUCAACCAGAUCCGUGAUCUCGAGCUCAUCGAAAAAGCAGUGCAGCUGGAAAAAGAUGUACCACCAGCUGUGUCAAGCGAUAGUGCAAGCGAGUUCAAAGGUCCUGUAACUGAGUCCACUGAAACGACUGCUGCCGCGGGACCCCCUGAAUGGAGCGAAAACACGGCCUAUAAGGUUGGCGAUCAAGUCUCGUACGAUGGCCAUGUGUAUGUUUGCAUCCAAGCGCAUACCACUGUCAUUGGAUGGGAACCUCCCAAAACCCCGGCCCUAUGGGUGCGCGUGAGCAGACCCAAUCCAGAUGGGGAUCCCAUCCCACCAACAGAUGAGAGUACCAACCUCUUCGGGUAUCGACAACGAUCAUUGCUGCUUCCAACUGAAACUCAAUUAAAAUCGGUACUCUCGGAGCCAGAUAGCAACAACGAUGAUCCCACUGAUGACACCGAAAAAGAGGCAGAUCGCCUUCUCAGCCUCCACAAUCAGCUCUUCCGAGCUGUGAAGGAGCUGACGGCAAUGGAUCCGCGGAAUUUCCAAAUUCCCGUACAGGAUCCCCACGACGGAUUCACCCCUGAUACAAAGUACUCAGCGAUAUCCUUACUGAAAAGCCGACUUGACUUGCAAACAGUAUUACGGGGCAUUAAUGUUGACCAGUUCCGGGCUGCCGCUGCGCGAUCUGGCACUACACCUCCUCCUGAUGCACCAAAAAUUUCAGCAGCAACCGCUGAUCCUGUUGUGGCAGCGGACCCGCUGCAGCUACAAGACGGAGCAGGAGCAACCUCCGCUUUGGGUCUUACUCGCGAGCUUCUUACAGCCGGAGCCGGCUUGCGAGGUGUAGGGAAAUUUAUACCUUUUUCGGCAAGGCAAAACGCGUUGAAACUUCAAACGGGUGUGGUUUUGUCCGAGAACACAACCGCUCUUCUACAGAAGGAGGGAAUUGAACCAGACGCGGUGCCAUUACCUGAUAUUGUCCAGAAUUUGCGUCAGAAGAUGCGCGAAGCUGAGCGAGAUUUGAAAUCGUUAGCGCCCUCUUUUGAGGAUAUACAAAUUACUCGAGUCGGCAAUACAUUGGUGAGCGUGAGGACACCUCGGCCUAGCAAGUACAGCCAGUUCCUCACCGGAAUCAAUUUUGGGCGGCUUGUUCCUAAACUUCCCUUGCUCCCACCUCCAGACCCAAGGGUUCCCCACACUAUUGGCAAAGUGAACAAGAUUGGUGUCGGGGAUCUCCUUGUAGUGAGGCAGCAGUUGAUCGGUUAUGAGGGCGCUGAUAUCGCUCAUAUUGAAAAUGUGUUGAAGGGCGAAUCAAAGAGCCGUGAACAUGUCCGGACUGACAGAACAGAGACUGUGACAAGUCUCGAGACUGAGACUACCCAAGAAGAUACUCGAGAGUUAGCUUCAACAACUCGUUUUGAGAUGGGCCAGGAGACUCAAAAGCAAAUUCAGGAGGCCUAUGAGCUCAAAGGAGGCGUCCAGGUCACAGCGAAAUACGGCCCUGCGGUGGAAGUGUCCGCGAAUGUUGAGGGAGGGUUCAAUCGAUCCAAGGAGGAAUCUACCAAGACGGCAACGAAGUCUGAAGUCGUGGAGAAGAACUCCCAUGGUAUCGAUAAUACUGCCGGCAAUGUGAAUAUAUCUGGCGUUUACCAGUGGGUGAAUAAGGUUGAUUUUAUGGUUCCCGAGCCAGCUGCAUGGGUAAUUAACACCAUGACGAAAGCCGCGGAAACCAAAACGAUGCUGGAAAAACCGCAAAAGUUCGACUUGGAGCCUUCCCAAAUUUCAGAAGAAGGUGAGGACAAUUACGGCCAUUGGGUUAAAGUGUACGAAGCAACCGACGUGGGGCCCCCGCCUGCAGAUUACAUCACUGCGACGGACCAAAUCAACAAAGGUGAUGGCAAGCCCGAGCAAGAUUACCAGCACACCGGCCAGAUCACAAUCGAGUCAGGCUAUGAAGCUGUGCACGUAGUCGUGGGGUGUGCGGUAAAUUACUGGGAAGAAAACUGGGUGGCCGACGUCAUUGUUGGGAAUGAGACGUGCCGAUUCAAGCAGGGCGCUGGUUUUCUUAUCCCGUUGUCUGUCGAUAAACAAAGAGGAACCAUUCCAUGGGGAGUGAAAACAUGGAACACUUCUAGCAUUAUUGUGACGGUAGAUAUCAAGUGUGCAGUCACAGAGGACGCGACCAACAAGUGGAGAGCUGAUACACAUGCAAAGCUCAUGACUGCGUAUAAGGCAAGAUUGCAAGAGUACGAGGAGAAGUUGGCGACUUUGCAACUGCAGCAAGGAAUUACUAUUGAGGGGAGAAACCCUGUCGCAAACCAAGCCACAAUAAAACAGGAGUUAAAGAAAAACUGUAUCUCCAUUAUCACCGGACAGCAUUUUGACCGCUUCAACUCUAUUUCAAUCGGGCCUUGGGCGUAUCCUCAAAUCAAUCUCUACGAGGCUGAAGCCGAAGGGGAAUACGUUCGAUUUUUCGAGCAAGCGUUUGAAUGGGAGCAGAUAAUGUACGUUAUGUACCCGUACUUUUGGGGACGUAAGCCCUAUUGGGCGCAGCGACUAGCAUUCGAGGACCCAGAUCCGCAAUUUGAUGAGUUCCUUAAAGCAGGCUUCGCCCGAGUUCAAGUCCCAGCGAGACUUGGAUUCGAGGCUGCUAUUGACCAUUUCCUGCAGUUCGGCGAGCUUUGGAACGGCGGGCCACUUCCGACCAUAUCCAGCGAGCUUUUCCUUCCGAUCGCUGAUGAGAUUGCGGAGAGAGCGCAGAAGCCAGGUGAAGAGAUCCCACAAGGAAAGCCUUGGAAGCUGCGCAUUCCUACGCAACUUGUUAAGCUAAGGCAGGACGACAAAUUACCCAAGUGGAUAAAGAAGGAUGGAGAAUGGGUGCCAGAUGAGUAA